CUCAACCCAACCCAACUCAACUCAACCCAACCCAACCCAGGGGGCACCAACAAAUCGGUGGAGCUGGAGGACGUGAAGUUCCACCAAUGCGUGCGGCUCUCGCGCUUCGACAACGACCGCACCAUCUCCUUCAUCCCACCCGACGGCGACUUCGAGCUGAUGUCGUACCGCCUCAGCACCGCCGCCAAACCGCUCAUCUGGAUCGAGUCCGUCAUCGAGCGCUUCUCGCACAGCCGCCUCGAGAUCCUCAUCAAGGCCAAGGGGCAGUUCAAGAAGCAGUCGGUGGCCACAGGCGUGGAGAUCGCGGUGCCGGUGCCCAGUGACGCCGACUCACCGCGGUUCAAGGCCAGCGCCGGCACAGCCCGCUACGUCCCGGAGAGGAACGUCGUCAUCUGGACCAUCAAAUCCUUCCCGGUGAGAGCACCGCCCACCGUGUCCCCGUGUCCCCACAUCCCUGUGUCCCUGUGUCCCCAGGCCCUCCAUCCGCGUCCCUGUCCCCUUGUCCUUGAAGCUCUCCCAAGCCCCGUGUCCUCAAGCCCUCUGUGUCCCUGUCCCCAAAGCUCUCCCACGUCCCCAUGUCCCCGUGUCCCCCCGCUCUCCAUUCCCAUGUCCCCAUAGGUCUCCCAAGCCUCU